AUGCCUGAAUUUUUGGACUCUCCCAAAAGUGUCAAACCAUCCACUGUGGAUGUACUCCAGUCUCUGACUGGGACCAUUGCAUGGGGCCGACCGGGCCUGGCAAGAAACGAUUUCAGAAGCGAUGUGAUUACCCGUCCCAGUCUUCGUAUGCUCGCAGCUAUAGUGGAAACAACACUCGGCGAUGAUGUAUUUCGGGAGGACAGGACGACAUGUGAUUUCGAGGCACACGUUGCAAACAUUACUGGACGAGAGGAUGGGAUGUUCGUGAUUACGGGUACAAUGGCAAAUCAGCUCUGUCUACAUGCCUUGGUCUCGACUCGGCCCUGCGGGAUCCUACUCGCAGGCGACUCCCACAGCAUCAACUUCGAGGGAGGAGGCACUUCAGUCUUGAGUGGCGCGAUGGCUCAACCCAUCAAGCCAUCUAAUGACUUGGAGGAGCACGCAGUCCUUACGGACGAUGUCCAUAAAUGCCCAACCGGCAUCAUCUCGGUGGAAAAUACCGCCGGAGGUGUCAUAUUACCUCUGCAUGAACUCCGACGCAUUUCAGACUGGGCCAGAAGGCACGGAAUCAAGACACAUCUCGAUGGAGCACGGCUAUUCGAAGCGGUCGCCGCCGGUGCCGGAACACUAAAAGAAUAUUGCACACUAGUCGACCUGGUCUCGGUCGACUUCAGCAAGAAUCUAGGCGCGCCGAUGGGCGCGAUGAUCUUGGGUGAUCGAAGAUUGAUUCAACAGAUGCGACGGACUCGCAAGGCUAUCGGCGGGGGCAUGAGACAAAGCGGUGUCAUUACCGCAGCGGCGCGAGAGGCGCUCUUCGAGAAUUUCGGGACGGGGCCCGAGAUCGAAAACCCAAUGCUGAGCAGAGUGCAUCGUUUGGCGAGAAGGGUGGGCGAGGAGUGGACAAAGCGAGGCGGACAGCUAAGCAAGGACGUCGAAACAAACCUCGUGUGGCUUGACAUUGAGGCCGCCGGCAUAUCAAAACGCUCGCUCAUCGAGAUGGGUGAAAAGCAUGGUGUUGUGCUGGACAGUGCCCGUAUUGUUUGCCAUCACCAGAUUGACUCGAAGGCCAUCAGGGACCUCGUGGGCCUCUUCGCCGAAAUCCUCAAUACACAUGCUGGGAUAAACGGCGUUUCGGAAUUGGAAGUGCUGAAAGGCGGAGGGCUACCAUAG